CUCGAAGAGCACGUCCGGUAGCGUUUCCUGUGUUUGUAAACGAAAGAUAUCGGAACACAGGCGACGGGCUUCGAGAAAAAAAAAAAGAUCGACAAGAAAACAUAUUGGUUUUAGUGCUAGAUGAGUGAGGUGGGUGUGGCCUCCCGUCAGACCGACCAUCCUGAUUGACGGAUCACUGGAUGACCUUAUCCCCUAUCCUGUCCCUGCCCUCACAUACACCGUUCCCGCUGCAAUGUCACACCUGCCCAGCAGCUCAGUCCGCGACCAUAUGAAAUGGGCGGGGCUGCUUGGCUGUGAGGCCGUGCUCUCAAGUAUGGCCCUGAUGCAGGCGAGCUCCAUGGCCGGUCCACCCAAGAAAAUGAUGACCCCCCUUGGCCACGGACCCCCUCAGAGGGAAGGCCCUGACCGUGGGCCUCAGAGCCACAUGAUCCUGCCGUCUGGGAUGAGCUGUCCACCCUUGCUCAUUCGGAAGGAGGGUGACUUUCAUGCACCCCGCUUGCUGGAUGAGAAGGAGAUGAGGGCCAAUGAGGAGAUGCAGCUAAAAAAGAAGAACAGGAAAUCUGGAACCCCCUGUAAAGUGAGAGAGCAGGAUGGACGGGGAGGCAAGGUGGUGGUUGUGGAUGAGAAUGGUAACUGUCCAGUGUCCAAAGUGCAGAAAAAUUUCAUCUGUGAUCAUUGUUAUGGAGCAUUUAGGAGUGGCUAUCACCUGAAGAGACACAUCCUCAUUCAUACAGGGGAGAAGCCGUAUGCUUGUGCCAUAUGUGACAUGAGGUUUAUUCAGCGUUACCACCUGGAGAGACACAGCCUCAUUCAUACGGGGGUGAAGCCGUACGCUUGUUCCAUGUGUGACAUGAGGUUUUUCCAGCGUUACCACCUGGAGAGACACAGCCUCACUCAUACGGGGGUGAAGCCAUACGCUUGUUCCAUGUGUGACAUGAGGUUCUUCCAGCGCUACCACCUGGCGAGACACAGCCUCACUCAUACGGGGGUGAAGCCAUACGCUUGCUCCAUGUGUGACAUGAGGUUUUUCCAGCGCUACCACUUGGCGAGACACAGCCUCACUCAUACGGGGGUGAAGCCAUAUGCUUGCUCCAUGUGUGACAUGAGAUUUUUCCAGAGAUACCACCUGGCAAGACACAGCCUCACUCACACGGGAGUGAAGCCAUACGCUUGUUCCAUGUGUGACAUGAGGUUUUUCCAGCGCUACCACCUGGCGAGACACAGCCUCACUCAUACGGGUGUGAAGCCGUAUGCUUGCUCCAUGUGUGACAUGAGGUUUAUUCAGCGGUAUCAACUGGAGAGACACAGCCUCACUCAUACAGGGGUGAAGCCGUACGCUUGCACCAUGUGUGACAAGAGGUUUUUUCAGCGCUACCACCUGGCGAGACACAGCCUCACUCAUAUGGGAGUGAAGCCGUACGCUUGCACCAUGUGUAACAUGAGGUUUGUUCAGCGCUACCACCUGGCGAGACACAGCCUCACUCAUACGGGAGUGAAACCUUACGCUUGCACCAUGUGUGACAAGAGGUUUUUUCAGCGCUACCACCUGGCAAGACACAGCCUCACUCAUAUGGGAGUGAAGCCGUACGCAUGUACCAUGUGUGACAUGAGGUUUUUUCAACGCUACCACCUGGCGAGACACAGCCUCACUCAUACGGGAGUGAAACCUUACGCUUGCACCAUGUGUGACAAGAGGUUUUUUCAGCGCUACCACCUGGCAAGACACAGCCUCACUCAUAUGGGAGUGAAGCCAUACGCUUGUUCCAUGUGUGACAUGAGGUUUGUUCAGCGCUACCACCUGUCGAGACACAGCCUCACUCAUACGGGGGUGAAGCCGUAUGCUUGUUCCAUGUGUGACAUGAGGUUUAUUCAGCGUAACCAUCUGGAGAGACACAGCCACACUCAUACGGGGGAGAAGCCGUUUGCUUGUGACAUGUGUGAUAUGAGGUUUAUCCAGCGCUACCAUCUGGAGCGACACAAGCGUGUCCACAGCGGAGAAAAGCCUUAUCAGUGCGAGAGAUGCCAGCAGAACUUUUCACGGACCGAUCGGCUGUUGCGGCAUCGGCGGUUGUGCCAAGGCCGUGGUGUGGCAAAGGUAGAGAACCAGCCAUGUUGUGAGCCUCGCCCAUAUCCCCAGGAGCCCCCACCGGCUCCACCUACCUGGAGCCCCCUGCACCCCCCUCCUGGUCGGCUUGCAGUCUGACAUUCCCCUCCCACACAUGACCACCACCUCUCCUUAGAGACAGGACUGGCCCAUGGUCUCUGCCACUGAGCCCUAUGCUUAGUGGCGCCACACUCUGGCACAGACUGAUUCUGCAGCUCCAGUCCUGAGGUUACUUAUAACAGAGGGACAUACAGUUUUGUCUUUCUUUCUUUCCUUUUUUUUUUUUUCUUUUUUUUUUUUAGAGAACAUUUCUGGUCUGUUUUGUACUUAUUUGAUUUUACAAAGAAGUUGUUAUUGUUCAGAUUCAUUGUUGGGUUUUGGUGGUACUUUGAGGGUGGUUUUGUGGGUAGGGGGGAAAGGUAAGGCAUUUGGGGAGGGGGGGGGGGGUGGAGGCGGCGGCGGCUACAGUUUGUCCUAAAGUCAUAGCAAUGAAGUGGGAUAUAUACAUUAAUAUUUAACCACACACAGCAGAGGAUAUCUGGAAAAUGUAGAAAUGACUGUUUUUACAGAAAAUACAGAAAUGAAAAACGCUUGGAAGUCGCUUUGGAUAAAAGCGUCUGUUAAAUGCAUAAAUGUAAAAUCUGGACAAUGGUACAUGGGGGCAAACCUGUAAAAACAAGGGCUUGAAUAGUGAGUGAUACAAAUGGACAGUCCACAUUUGAGCAUGGAGAAAUCCUAACAGGUCAUAUGUAAUAGGUCAGGGUACAGGAUAUUGUCUGUCGUAGUAUCCUGUACCAUGUUCUGUUUGUUGCAAGGUAGUGAUAUGCUGAUGACUCAGGAAGUGGCACAGGAUAGGACAGCCUUUGCAAGUUCACCCCCACACAGCUAUUACAUACUAGUGUAUGUAUAGAUUUCUAUGACAAAAAGUGGGAAGCUUUCUCUGACUAAGGUUCAUACAAGGAUAUAUGUUUAAAAUGGCACAAGAUGGCAGCUUCAGCCAGUCCCAUUACUUUGUGUAUGUACAGAUCAUCAUGUUCAGAGAAUGGCAGGAGAUAUACAGAAUCUUGUGGCCUUAAGAGCGUGCUUGUUUUUAGUUUUUGUUAUUUUCAUUUGCCUUUUUUAUUUUCUGAACUAAAGGUUUAAUUAUCCUUAUUGUUUUUAUAAGAUUUACAAGGACGAGCCACUGCCUUUUACCAUCGAGGUAUGUUUUUUCCAAAGCUUAUAGAACACUCAGUAGUGUUGCAGCAUACUGGUGGGCAAAAAUGUAAACAUAUUUCUGGUUAGUACUGAUGAUAAUGUAACCCGUCAUAUCAUCUGGAAGAACCAGAAGUUUUGACAAUUCCAGUGAGAUGCUAAUAGUGCAUACUUUACUUUCCCUCUUGCAGUGCUUUGGCGAGCUUCAGGCCAUAGCCACAGCUGUAUCAACACUUGCUUGACUCCGCUGCACACUAACGAAUGCCUUCUUUUGAGAUAUUAUGUAGUUGGUGUGUAUAUAAUGGAUGUCUGUUAUGUUCUUGGGUUUAGCCUUAAAUAAGAGCGGAUUCAUCAAUAAUCAUUGUAGUGCUAAAUGAUAUAGUAAUUAAUGAUUUUCCGUAACCUGUAUUAAACUUUAAUUAUGCUGUCUGUGGUUACCCCCUCCAAGUGAAAUGGCAACAAGCUUGUUUAGCAUACUGUUCGUCUACCCACUCUGCAUCUAUCAACUUAGUCAGGUUCAGUAUGUGUAUCAGUGGUCUUUCACAGCUUGUCUGUGGGCUAGUAGUUUUUUUUGUUUUGUUUUUUAACUCUUGGUCCUAAUUACCAGGACUUCACUCAAACUGUACAUUUGAUUACAAUAUCUAAAUGUUACUCAUAACAUUUUAUAAGCCCACUGUAUAUCCCACAAGUGUCAGUGUGUAUCAAAGGCCUAAUCUAAACUUGAGACCUGUUGUGUAUAAAAUGAAAUAAUUUACUGAUAUCAGUAUGAUAUCUGGGCAUAAAUUGACUUGUGCCUGGAUCUCAAAGUAGGGUUUGACUCAAGUGAGGAAGUAGCGAUCCAGUAAAAUGUUGGAAAAGAUAUACAAGAUUUUACAGACCAAGUUUGAGAAAAGUGAUAUAUAUUCUCUGGCCCAGUCUCGUGGCCCUAAAGGCAAUGAAAUGGUUGCUGCCUGCCAUGACCACCCACUAGUCUGGCCACAGGGCAAAGAAGGGUUACUUCUAUAUAUGUUAGAUCCCAGGCCAAUCUCAUAUUGUUAUUGAUCUACUGGUAUAAAUGCAAUAGACUCCAUGAUCAGUUAAGAUGAGGUUUUAUUUUCCAAAUAGUCAGACAGAAUACUGAGUUCUUUCUCCAUGACAUUAUGAUAAUUCUGUUAACAAUAAGGACCUUUUUUUAUUUUCUGAUAAAAUGUAAACACUGGAGUGAUAGAAACAAAAGAUGAAGAACAUAUACAGUACUAGAGUUUAGUCUGUAGACAGCCUCUUACUCCUCGACUUGACAAAGAAGGUGGACAGAAACAUUUGGAUCAGUAAUGUUGAGAGCCCAGGAUGUUGAGUAAUUUAAAUAUUAGAGGCAGUAGUACUUAAAAGAAACUGUUUUUUAUACAAAUUCCCUGGUAUUUGUAGUGGAUUAUAUUGGUAGAGAUAUUAAGUAAGCAACAGCAUCUACAGUAGUUAUCACAAAUUAGUAUUUUUGUUUAUUAGUCUUGCAUGCAGAGUUAUGAUCCUCAGUUAAGAUAGGAUCUUAUAUUGAUUAUUUUGUGUAGGCAAAAUGAGUGCAUAAGAAUAACUUUUCCUAAAAAAAAAAUGUUACACUGAUUAUUGUAAAAAAUGGGCAAACUAAUAUGUUCCCUUGUGAUCCAAUUAGUUUUAAUUGUACGGAGUGUGGGGAGAGGCUUCUUACCAUUAUGCUGAAAUAAAAUACUUUCUAAAAGA